CUUUCCGAUAAAGUGAGCCGAGCCUUUCAAUGAUUCACUAGCAAUUCUGUUUUUUUUUUCUUCUUUUUCUAAUCGAUCUGGAAGUUGAAAGAAUAGAUCCCGUUCCCUUUUUCAUCGCCCAGGUGGUAUUGAGCCAGAGCCUUACCGAGCUUGUCUCCACUGGCCGACGACGUCUCGAGUUAAAACCAAGAUUACAUUUUGGCCUGAACGACUCGACGAAAUCCUCACCGUAUGAUGCGAACCACAACUCCUUAUCGAUCCCUUUGAUUUCGAAACUGCGACUCCCGCAACCCGUCGCCGAAUAACGCUCCAAUCGCAAAUCAUGGCCGACGCUGAAGCGAACGCCGCUACCGGCGGCGAUGCGCCCGAUCCAGAACUCUAUGUGGCCAUAGUCUCAUUGGUAAUCGCUCUGGUUGCUCUCUUGGGCACUGUUCUGCAAGUCCUUCAGCAGUAUUAUGCAUCAGCAACGGGCUUCUCGAACUGCGACGAGCGCGUAAUGGGCAAAUGGUCAAAUAGCAAAAAAAGAGUCUUCAGAUUGAAAGAACUUCGCUUCGAGGUCCAAUUCGAGACGCCAGUCAUCUUUGUAUGCCGUGCGAUGAAUCAGAACGGUCCUAUAAAAGAGAAGCCAAUAGAACACAUCUCGGGAACUGAGGAGAGCCAACAGAGGACCAGGACGAAUCCGCCGGAGCCACCCACGGGCGAGACCCGGUCUGGGCUUGGAGCCACUUCUGCUUCAUUGGUGCAGAUACCAUCUUUGGGGUAUCUGGACGAGAGAGUCAGGAACUCAACAAGGACUAACACUAACCUAAGUGUAUCAGCCAAACCCGAGUCGGCAAAGCGCAUCCACACAGCAGACAAUGAGAAAGCAACAUGGGUUCAUCUGUUGACCGAGUUCCAGCGCAUGGAGCUCGACUCGAGUAAAUGGAUACAAGCGGAACACAAAUGGCAUGCAGAAAAAAACCAGCUCGGCGAGCGUCAAGAACCACCCUUCCACCAGCGCGAGUUAGUCGUUGCACUGCAGGCCAAACCGCGCAGCUGGGAUACCAUGCCAUCAAACAUCAAGAAGCCAUACGCAACCAGCACAAUGUGUCAUAUCGUCGAGAUUUCAUCAAUGUUGGGUCUUCACUGGAAAGAGUUUGACCGCUCCAAGGACAAGUAUCGCGCCGAGGGCAAUGGCUACCUGCUCACAGGAAGUCAAGUUCCCGAUCUGGGCAUCAUGUUCAUUUUUCAGAUCUACGGGAAACAUAGCUUCCGUGACAGCCGCAUUGUUCCUUCGGAGCUGGUGAAGGUCUUUUCAUUCGGCAUUGUUCCUACGAUAUACUGCAAAGCGAAGCGGAUGCCUGUAGAUUUUGUCACGGAAGAGCCCGAGGACCUUGAAUAUCUCCUUCUAGGCAGCCUCAACGAGUUCGCCGAGACUGUGGCUUCCUUCGGCUGUAACACUCGUACCGCUGACAUUCUGAGGGAUGACAAGAAAAAACACGGCCACUUGUUUCCUAUCGCUUUUGAGAUCAUGGGUAUGCUGUCCAAGACUCCGCACAUCUCGGGUCUGCCGUUUCGAGUGGUUCCAAACCCUACGGUGUAUACUUGGGAUAAGAGGUUUUUUGACCUGCGGAGGCUGUUAAACGAGUUCCAUCGUUCGAUCGAUAAAGAGGACCAGAUGUCGAUGGGCAGCUCGCCAGUAUCUGCCCAUAUCAGAGAGCUACGGAAAUACACGGAAAGAGUCACUGAAAGCCUCAAAACCCAGUGGGAAGAUUGGAAAAAGGAAAAGGAUGAAGGUCGCAAGCCGGAUCGCAAUGAGCACCACCUCACGUUCGAUUCAUGCGACGAGUUGCAGGCAGCUAUUCAAUGGUGCGACGACUUCCUGGGGAUGCCCCACAAUCGAGAGUGCGUCAAGGUUGUUCUGCGAGAACAUAUUCAAGAAGUGCUGCGGAUCGUCAAUGACGAGGAAAAGGUGGCAGUCUCAGAAAAAGAAGCCUUCGUAGAAUACGAGGCCAAGCAAGCAAGCAUGCACGCCCACAACGGCGGUGGCAGGACGCACUCGGGCGUCGUGCAGCUCAGCGCUGCUUCUCCAGAACAGAGACACAAGGUAUUCAUGAAGAUCUACUUUCGCGAAGUUCUUCCUCGCGUGGUUCAAAGGGCCAGGUUAGGCCUGAAAAGAACCGAAACUUUGCUUCACAUAAGAACCGACUCUAUAAACGAGGCGAGCCCAGUAUCCCCAAUACCCCCAACUACGCGAAAUCUGAUGGAAUCCCCCUUUCAACAGCAAUCUGCGGAGACGCUUGAUCCCAGAUCAGUAUCUGAGAUUCGCUCAUCCGACGUCUGGUGCACUUUGGUGUUCCGCAUGCUUUGUUGGCUGCGGCUUCACGAUUUCCACAAGGAUGACCGUCAAAUUUCCAGCAAGAGUGAACUUUGUGGGAGUCGAUUGCCCGUUUACAUUGGUUAGAGGCUGAUGUGCAUGGGCUUUUCGGCCGCUCUGUUAUUUGUUGCCGAAGGUGACAGGGCUAUGACGUUACCUAGAUAACUAUCUAGCCUGUUGUAUAUGACGAUUUAUGAUGACGA